UUUACAGCAUUGGUGAUCUCAGAGGGCAAUAAGACUGCAGUGGGUGGUAAACAAGCCUCUCUGGCCUGUCGGUACGGUCUGCCGGAGAAAGUCAAGCAGGUGCUAUGGAAGAAGAUUGUGAAUAAAGCAGAAUCCCGUGAAGUUGCAUCUUUUGCAAAGCAGAGUGACCCAGUAAUUGAAGAAGAGUUUGUGGACCGUGCGAGCCUGAGCCUUUCCCUGUCUGACACGCAGCUCACGUUAUGGCCGGUCCGAGCUGAAGAUGAGGCCUGCUACACCUGUGAGUUCCACACGUAUCCAGACGGCACUAAGAGUGCCAUAAGCUGCCUCACUAUAUUUGUCCUGCCCAAACCUCAAGUAAGCUACAAGACCACGUCUCCGGGAGUGAUCGAGGCUAACUGUACUGCCGUGGCCCGGCCACAGGCUGAAAUAGUGUGGAACGUGGAGGGGAAUAACCGGACCAUUGGUUCACCUGUGACCACCUCUAUCCAGCAGAGUGACGGGACGACUCUGGUCAUCAGCACCUUGACCAUCCAGGCUGGACUCCUGAAGGAUGUCUCUGUCAAAUGUCUCGUUCAUCAUAAAGGACUGGAGACUGCCAUUGCUGUUUCCAUGAACACCAAAAUUGGCACUGCGCUCGCUAUCCUGAUCUCUGUGACUACUGUAGCAUUUCUUCUAGUCCUCUGCCUCUGUUUCUGUUUGUGGAAGUGCAUCCUCCAAAAAGAUGAGCCUGAAGAGCAUCAGGUACCGAGAAGAGGCCGAGCAGAGAGAGAGACAGACAGUUAAUCGUAGGCGUCUAAGCCUCUUCCUGUGAACUAUUUCUGCUUAAAACUGUGAUGACCUGUACUUCCUUCCACACAUAUUCUUCAGAUCUGAUCUACUGAUAUGAGAAAUCAUUCAAGUUGUGUGUUUAAAUACUUGAUGUUACAGUUACAUCUGUGCUCGGUCUUGUAUUCACAGAGUAAAUCAUUUUGAUUGAGGCAGAUGACAAGCUUCAGUUCUCUUUACAAUACGGAUAUGCUGAAGAUGAACAUUUCCUGUCAUCGUGUUCCCUGCUUUUCCAGCCAAAGAAACCAGUGACACGUCUUUACAUGAAGAAAGAUGCUAUAUUUGGAAGAAUUUGUGAAUCCAUCACUAACAUGAAGGUUGCAGAAGGCAUUUUAUCUUGGUGCAGAGGGGAGAUUCAACUUAGUAUUUGUAUGUUUUAAUACCCAUUUGAAGCCCUAAAUGUAAAAGGACAAUAAAACAUCUCAAAACUUCUUGAAUUCUAUGAAAAACAAACAAACUAGCUGUUCACUCAAAGUGUAAGAAAACUUCCAUUAUUUAAAAAUCAGAGUCAAUAAUUAAAAUCUAUUGAAGAAAAAAAAAACAUUCUAUC